CCCACACAGACAGACGCUUCAGGACGUGAAGGGUUUUCACUUUCCUCAGAAACAUCCACACAGUGUUGUGCAGUUGCUUUUGAAGCAGAGACACAUACUUGUUGCCUUUGUUGAAGUGUGUUACAGCCUCCACACCUCUGUGUGUGAAUGUGUCUGCAGGACGUCCUUGUAAAAGCUUUGUGUGGCUGCUUCUCAGGGAGUUCCUCCAUAAAGACUCAGUAAACCCCCCUGGAGACGCUGGGGGGGGGCAGCACUGAGUCGUCAGGAGGCUCAGAUUCUCUGCCCUCUGCAAACUGACUGGUUCUUCUGCUGGUCUCCACACAGAUCAUUACAGCAGACUCCACUUCCUGUUAAGCAAUCAGCACGUGUGGGAUCAGAUGACGGGCCUGCUGCUGGUUUAUCCGACCUUUGUGCUGCACGUCAUCGAGUCGUCCAGGGACGUUCUGCUCUCGGUUCUCAAGGAUCUCAGAGACAUGCAGCUGCAGACAGACGGGUGCCUGAUGGAGGCUGCAAAGGUGGUGUCCAUGGCUCAUGUCCCUCACAGCAGGACGUUCCAUCAGUGGAGCUACAAGGUGCUUGAUGCAGCUGAUGUGGACCCACUGAGUGAGGGGUUCGAGGAGGACGAGGACAGCACGGAGACGCUGGUUCGCAGUCUCCUGUCAGCUCUGCACCAACUGGCCGAGCACCUCAAGAUGCCCAAGAAGACUGUCCCUGGAUCAGUGCCGGGCACCGCUCCACAGCUGCUGGUCUCUCAGGAGCUUCCAGGGAAGCUGCUGUCUCGAGACGAGCUCCUGAGUCCAGAGGAGCAGCUGCAGACGUAUGACUCGCCCGUAAACAUCAGCUUGGGCUUCGGACAAGUGAACCGAAGCAGCAGCCUCAACACAGUUUAACCUUCUGGACUAAAGGUCAAAGGUGAUGGCUCCUCUCACAUGGAACACAAAGACACUGGACUUAUAAACCCUCAUCAGUUAAGAAACUAAAAAUAAUAAAAUGAGAGAAAUCAACAGGACGGGUUUAAACCAACACGUCACAACAAGAAGCACAGGAAACCCAAGUUAUAUAAAACGUUUUUAAUAGUUUGAACAUUCGGAUGAGGAUUAUCUUUUCUUCUUCUUUUAUCUUACACUCUGUUCCUCUUGGACACCGGGAGAUAACACGUCAGAGAAAAAAGACAUUUUCCUUUUCACCCCGAACGUUUCAGCUCCUCUACAGUUUGACACACAGAACUUUGAAGUCUUUAAAGAUUCCUCGAUCACUUAAAGUGUUCCCUUUUUGUUUUGGCCCCCGUUACUUGGAAGUUGAACUGAAGCAACUUGAAAAAGGAAAGAUGGGAGUUGUAGUUGCGAUGGCUGCAUGCGUGUACUCUAAAAGCAUGAAGAGUAAAAACUAACUCAUGUGCAGCCGGUGUUUUUAUUCCUCAUCGUCUGAUUUCAGUGUGAAUUCAUUAAAACAAGUUUUAAUUUCCUAA